ACCAACAGGAAUUCCUGGAAGCAAUGAGCCGUACAACCUGGGAAUGGUGACGACCCACGGGCUAGAGACUUCCCAUGCAGAUACGUUUAGCAAUAUUUCAAGGGAAGGGACUUUAAUGGUGAGGGAGACCUCUGGUGAAAAAAAGCGUUCUGGCCAUGCAGCCAGCAAUGGCUUUGCAGGUCACAUCAAUCUCCCUGACCUGGUGCAGCAAAGCCACUCGCCUGCAGGCACACCGACCGAGGCCCUGGGGCGAGUCUCCACGCAUGCGCAGGACAUGGACUCGGUGCCUGAAUAUGGUAUGGGAAGUAGCACCAAAGCCUCUUUCACACCCUUUGUGGACACCAGAGUGUAUCAGACCUCGCCUACUGAUGAAGAUGAAGAUGAGGACGAAGAGUCAUCUGCUACUGCCCUGUUCACCAGCGAGCUGCUCAGACAGGAGCAGGCCAAGCUGAACGAAGCCCGGAAGAUCUCGGUGGUGAACGUCAACCCCACCAACAUCCGUCCUCACAGCGACACCCCAGAGAUCCGGAAAUACAAGAAGCGCUUCAACUCAGAGAUACUCUGUGCUGCUUUAUGGGGUGUGAAUCUGCUGGUGGGCACAGAAAAUGGCCUGAUGCUGCUGGAUCGAAGUGGGCAAGGGAAGGUCUACAACCUCAUCAACAGACGGCGAUUCCAACAGAUGGACGUACUCGAGGGCCUUAAUGUCCUUGUGACAAUAUCAGGAAAGAAGAACAAGCUGCGCGUGUACUAUCUCUCCUGGCUGAGAAACAGGAUUCUACACAACGACCCUGAAGUGGAGAAGAAGCAGGGCUGGAUCACAGUUGGGGACCUGGAGGGAUGCAUCCACUACAAAGUCGUAAAAUAUGAAAGAAUCAAGUUCUUGGUGAUUGCCUUAAAGAAUGCUGUAGAGAUCUAUGCUUGGGCUCCUAAACCGUAUCACAAGUUUAUGGCAUUUAAGUCUUUUGCAGAUCUCCAGCACAAGCCGUUGCUCGUGGAUCUCACUGUAGAAGAGGGUCAGAGACUCAAGGUUAUCUUUGGAUCGCACACUGGUUUCCAUGUGAUUGAUGUAGAUUCUGGGAACUCUUACGAUAUCUAUAUACCAUCCCAUAUUCAGGGCAAUAUUACUCCUCACGCCAUUGUCAUCCUGCCUAAAACAGACGGGAUGGAGAUGCUUGUGUGCUAUGAGGACGAAGGUGUAUAUGUGAAUACCUAUGGACGGAUAACUAAAGAUGUGGUGCUGCAGUGGGGAGAAAUGCCGACUUCUGUGGCCUACAUUCAUUCCAAUCAAAUAAUGGGCUGGGGAGAGAAAGCGAUUGAAAUCCGGUCAGUGGAGACGGGACAUUUGGAUGGAGUAUUUAUGCACAAGCGCGCUCAAAGGUUAAAGUUUCUAUGUGAAAGAAAUGAUAAGGUAUUUUUUGCAUCGGUGAGAUCCGGAGGAAGCAGCCAAGUGUUUUUCAUGACCCUCAACAGAAACUCCAUGAUGAACUGGUAACAGAGGAGCACUUGGCACUCACCGCCAUGGCAUUAUUUCUAAUUUAAAGGACAUUAAACACGUGGACUAACACUGUAGAGGCAGAUGCGGAGGGCCCUGAGGAACGCCGCUCCCCACACUCCCUCGGCACUGUCAGCCCCGGGGCGGGGGCUGCAGGGAUGGACUUUCGCGCUUGGACCCCCCAAGGUCUCCUGAUUACGCUGUGUUAUAGUGGGUUAUGAGUUUUCCUUUUUUUUUUUUUUUUUAAUUUUACUUUUUCUUUGUCCCCUACUUUGUAAAACGGGGAAAGAAACAGUGUCAAAAAGUCUGUUUUUAAUUCUGUCUGCCUGCUAGCAUCAAAUAUAUAGUAUGUUGUAAAGUUACCAAUUAAAUCUGGUGAGAGACAGCACAAUAAAUGUACCUUUUAUCUUUGUGAUGAAGGCCAUAACCGUAUAGCUGGGUAAUUUUAGAAAUCUUUUGCCUUCACCAACAUUUACAUGUUGCUUUUGGCAGCAACAGCUUAACGGAUUUUUAAAGAAGAGAAAAAAUAAUAGGUUUUUUUCCCCUCUUUUGGGAAAUGGAUUUUAAAUGGCUAAACUACUAGCCUUAGACUAAUAAAAAUCAGCUACCAUUUUUGUCAAGUCUGUCAAUCCAUAUUUCUAUAUGGAUCUUCACAUAAUGGUGUGUCUUGAAUAGGGACAGAGGUGCCAUUUGUUGUUGCUCCGGAGGUGCCCGCCUGCCCCGGGGCAUUGCCGCGGGUGCCGGGACGGGGGAUCGGAGGAGGAGAGGGCAGCGGAGCGGUCGGAGGAGCCCAGUGCUCGCCCCUGAGGCGGGAUUUGCGGCCGCAGACGGCUCCCAGGAUGCCGUGGGCGCUGGACCCUGAUGCCAAAGCCGGAGUGAGCUGCGGGUGCUCGUGCUCUCUGAGCCCAGAGCCGGGCGCUGGCGUGCAGAGGCAGCCGGCGUGGCGACGGGGACGACGAAACAAGCUGCCUGUCCCCCGCGUUGCAGGAUUGGGCUUGUAAAGAGCUUAAAAAAUAUAUAUAUAUGUGUGUGUGGUUUCUUUGGCUGAGGGUCUGAAUCUCUACUCGUUUUCCACCCUCUGCUCCCUAGGAAUUACCCAACAUACAGUGAAAGACAACAUCUGUGCCGAACCGUGUGUGUGUGUUUAGUUGGGGUUGAAUCGUGUCCUUAUAAACUCUGCUCAGUUGAUUUCCGUUCUCGGUGCGUAUCUGGGGUUUUCUUUCUCAGUAGCUGCAAGCAUGGCCGCCUGUGGUGUUGGGGUGUCGCAUAACAAGGUCUGUGUUGCUGGUUUUAACCUACCUCGUUUUGGUUGGGGUUUGUUUGGGUUUUGGUUUUGGUUUUUUGGUUUUUUUAUUUGGGUUUUUUGGGGUUUUUUUUCUGUUCCGCUGUCGAUCACAGCGCUGUUACCUCCAGCGACAUAUAGAGAGCUUAACUGGCAAUCUUGGUGUACUCAGUAACGAUGGCUUUAUUAAAAAAUGAUUAAAUCAA